GCUGUGGGCGCAGGGAAAACUGCGGCAGUGGAGCAGAGGGAGAAGACUGAGAAGACCGAAGAUGAGCGUGAGUUAAUGCGGAGAGCAUUGCUAAGCAAUGAAAGCUUGAAUUCGAUGGUCGUCCUAGAUGACCAGCGUGUAAAGGACAUCAUAGAUGUCGCGUGGAAGGAGGAGGUUCAGGAGGAGCAGGUCGUCAUCAAG